UGGUCGAGAGGGCGGGCCCGGUUCCCAGGUGCCUAAUGCCAAUUGGUUCGGCAUACAGGGUAGUUCUGCCUUCCAGCACAGAGAAGGAGCUGCUCACUGUUGUUGGAGGAAGUUGUCACCCUGUUCCAGCCCAAAAACUCCUGUACUCACAACGUCUGAUCAGUGGCUGGUAGUUUUUUGCAUUGGCUGGAGCACAGGCUGCUCUUGGAAUCCAGGCCAUGACCAGCAGAGGAGCUGCCAGGCCGAAUGGUCAGUCACAAGCCAGCAAGAUCUGUCAGUUCAAGUUAGUACUACUGGGCGAAUCGGCAGUGGGGAAGUCCAGCCUGGUGCUGCGUUUUGUCAAGGGACAGUUCCACGAAUACCAGGAGAGCACCAUAGGUGCGGCUUUUCUCACACAGUCUGUCUGCCUAGAUGACACAACAGUAAAGUUUGAGAUCUGGGACACAGCUGGUCAGGAAAGAUAUCACAGUUUGGCUCCUAUGUAUUACCGAGGGGCUCAGGCUGCCAUUGUGGUAUAUGACAUAACCAACCAGGAAACGUUUGCACGAGCAAAAACAUGGGUGAAAGAACUCCAGCGACAAGCUAGCCCAAACAUUGUCAUAGCCUUAGCAGGAAAUAAGGCUGAUCUUGCCAACAAGCGCAUGGUAGAAUAUGAAGAGGCCCAAGCUUAUGCAGAUGACAACAGUCUAUUGUUUAUGGAGACAUCAGCCAAGACAGCAAUGAAUGUUAAUGAUCUCUUCCUGGCGAUAGCUAAGAAGCUGCCAAAGAGCGAGCCCCAGAGCACAGGGGGUGCUGUGGGUCGGAAUCGAGGUGUGGACCUUCAUGAGCAGUCCCAGCAGAACAAGAGCCAGUGUUGUAGCAACUAAACGGUGGCAUGAGAGCAACCAGCGAGAGAUAAGAUAUAACCUCCAUUCCCACCCCACUCCACCACACUUCACCUCCAAUAACAGCAUCGGCACACUUGGAAGCCGCCCCCUUCCUUCUCCUGAGAGCUCCGUUUAACUGCACUUCUAAUGCUUCAGAAACCACCACCAGAUGUCUGUUACCACCCCCCCCAAGGAAAGUGGAGAUAGACCAACCGGGGACUUAACUUCCAAAAACAAACUCUUCUUCACUUUGUAUUAUAGGUGCAAAUAGCUACCUACUUACUCGGAUUCCCCUGCUCUGUUUUCUCCAGAUAAUAUUUCUCCCCCAUCUUCUUCCCUCCCCCCACUGUCUUUGCUCUGUGUUCUUGGUCCUGUAACAUCCACCCUCUCUUCACCUCCACCUCCCUUUAUUUCGUUUCAUGCUAUGGGGGAGGGUCACAACGAGGGAAACCUUAAUUCUUGUAGUUUUAUUUUUAAGAGCAAGAUUUAAUGGGUUACCUCAGAAACUGCGUUUUUGAGGGGGUCCUCCAGAGUUCUUUUUUUUAUUUCAUUUGUUUUCAGUGUUCAAAAAAGCUGCAGUGUCCUUCAUUUUCUCUUUUUCCAGGGCAGCCUUUUGUGGCUGGGUUGGAGAGGAAGAUUGUAUCUGAACUCUCCCUAGUGUCUUGCUUGCUGUGAUCUGAAUGUGGCCCUAGGGCUCAGUGACAUGAAAUCGGGAAUCAUGUGUUUAUGAAUAUAAAAUAUCAGCAGUAGCUUCCCCAAACCCUCAGAUAGCACUGGAUUGAUGCCUUUGAAGUUUUUGGUGGCUGGGACAGUAGCAGAGGAGAGAAGUGGCAAUAGCGACUGGCACAGACUACUGCUGCUGCAAAUCAAAAGGCGAUGGUGUCUCUUCCUGUUAUGUUAACAUUUAGGUUACUACCUGCAGGUUGCACUUCAGUUAUCAGAGUCCCAUUAGAGAUACUCUGUUCUCUACUCAAAAUGGGUGUAACCUGCUAUCUGAAGGAAGAAUGUGCAAAUGAGGCCAAGCACCCUUUGUUCUGGUGGAUUACAGUAGAGAGGAGCCUAUUGAAGCUUCCUUCUGGAGCUUCUACCUGCUCAGCCUGCACCUGUAUGCACAGCAUUAUCCAUUGAAAUUGCCAAAAGCAGAAGAGUUAUUACAUCCUUAGUAGGACUUGCAGGGGUGGGGGGAGGCUGGGGCUGGGAGUGCAGGAGAGUGAGAAACAAGACAAGUAUGCUAGAUGGGAGGAGAGAUACUAGUAGGAGGACCAAUACUGUACUUUUCCUGCCAGGGAGCACCCGGCUUGCCUUGUGACUUUUCCUACACCCUUGUGGAUAAUCUCCUUGUGCACAAACUCAGUUUUCCCUGUAACACUGUUGAGAGGCAGCAAUCUAGAGUGGUGGAGCAGUCCUGUCUGCUUUACCUCUCGGACCCCAAGGGCUGUUUAAACUUGAGAACUGUUUGAAUUAAGCAUACUCGGUCCUGUUCAUGUUCAGUUUUUUCUGUAAAUAGUACCGCGCAAAUUUGUAUAAAUUGGGGGGGGGGGGUUGAGGGAUUUUUACUUUAGCUGAACAAAGUAAUAGCUUUUUAAAUUUAGCUGUAGAUAGAGCUGAUCUGUAAAGACAAUGCAUGCUACCAUCUCUCACCCACAUUUUGCUCUUUGAAGAGCUAGCAGUAGCCCAAUGCCUCCAUAAGGAAUGGCUCCUCUCCCAACAGUGACCUUCACCUGGGUUGAUGGCACCUUCUUCCCACCCCCAUCCCUCUUGAUUUUCUUAAAGCCUCACAUGUGAGUGUAGCUUUUAAAAUGGAACAGUUCCACAGUGCUGUCCAGAUCUUAGCAGUGAAUCAGCUAACUACUAACAGAAGCAUCUUUUGGGUAUACUCUGUUGUCUACUCCAUGAAGACUUCUCACAUACGGUUGAAUAUUACUGUGGCAGAGCUUGGAAUGGAUUGUGUCCAAACACCCAUUUGCACACCCUUUCUCGUUGUUUUCCCAGGCAUGCUUAUAACCUUACUUUGCACAUGCUUUGUACCUGGCUGUGACUUCAUACAGGUUUUCAUUUAACUUGCCUAUUCUCAUUCACAAGUGCAACUUGAAUACUGAUGUUCACCCAAGCAACAUGUGCAUUUAGGGCUUUGCUCUUAGCCACAAACUGAAACUGUUAAAUCCUGCACUGUUGACAGCAUGUGUAGUUAUUCUGCUGCCUUUUGAAAUAGCCUUCUAGUGGUAGCUCUGUUGAACUAGAAGCAAGGAAGGAAGUAGAAGGAAGGAGCCAUAAGAAUUGUCUCCACAAGGCUUUAAACAAGAUGACUCAAAAGCUGUUAAUUUGAAGUAAUAUGUGUUGUAAAUUGGCUCAUCCAGUUGACAUGAGGGCAGAGUUGCUCCUGACCGCUGUUUUGAAUGCAGUUUCUGUUGUCAGCAUUGAUAAAGACUUUGGGAGUGUUACAGCACAUCCCCCAUAUUUGUUUCAUGCUCUUAAAUUCCACUUCUGUCUCAAGGGCAGAACUCUGUAUGAGGGAGAAUCCUGAAAUGGAGCCUUCCUCCCUUUAGUUGGAUUCACUGUAAAAUCUGUCUCACUGACAGUUCCAUGUUUUGUUGUGAACAUAUAAUGUGACAUUCGUAGCCAUCUAGGAGCACCUAGGAACAGGGAACAAGCAUGCCCUGUCCCAUUCCAACAAAGCAAAGGUGCUGUUUUGCUCUCAGCUCAUGGCAAAGCAAAAAUAGGUUCUGUAUUUAAACACCUAUAAAGACCUAAUAGUUUCACCUUGCUCACAAACUUUUGUUACUGCUUCCUGGCUAGUUACUGGACCAAGAGAGGACACUGCAGCUUUUUCCUAUUAAAAAACCAAUCUUUUUUCUUCUGCUUACUCUACUCUUCUGAUCAAUUUUUUUUGCUUUUGAGAAAGCUCUUACAUUGCAUUUAAAAUAACAAUCAUGGUAACAGAAUUUCAACUGCUGAUUUACAAAUGUAUUUAAUGUAAGUAAACAAAAAAAAAUCAGUGUA